AUGGCGGUGUAUCAGUCGAAUCGACUCCGUAAGGACGGAGCCUUGAUGGGUCUUGAUGUGGGCGUUGGUGGGCAAGUCCUAGAUCUGGAAACCGCCGUCAAAGACGGCAUUCUCGGCGGCGGCGGAGGAAUCGGAGUCGGCGGCGGUUCGGCGGAGAAAUUAGAUCUGAAGAAAAUGAUUGAAGAGCUGGAAGCCGUGGAAGUGCCGUCGGUUUUCAUCUGCCCGAUUUCGCUCGACCCGAUGCGCGACCCGGUUACGCUCUGCACGGGUCAGACCUACGAGAGAUCCAACAUCUUGAAAUGGUUCUCAAUGGGCCACUACACUUGCCCGACGACGAUGCAGGAGCUCUGGGAUGACUCCGUAACCCCCAACGCCACUCUCCAGCAGCUAAUCCACACCUGGUUCGCUACGAAAUACUCCGCCAUGAAAAAGCGGUCCCAAGAUGUUCAGGGGAGAGCCAUUGAAGUCCUCGAGAUUCUCAAGAAGGCGAAAGGGCAGUCUAGAAUUGAAGCUCUCAAGGAGCUCCGGCAACUCGCCGCCGCGCAUUCCACCGCGAGGAAGUCACUUGUCGACAAUGGAGGCGUCGGGUCGCUGUCCUCUCUACUGGGUCCUUUCACCACGCACGCAGUGGGUUCCGAGGUAAUUGCAAUUCUGGUCAGUUUGGAUCUUGAUUACUCGGGGAAAACCAAUUUGACCCAGCCAGCCAAGAUUUCGUUGAUGGUGGAUAUGUUGAAUGAAGGGUCGAUUGAGACGAGAAUCAACUGCACGAGGCUGAUUGAAAUGCUCAUGGAAGGUAAAGAUUUCGUGUCGGAGAAUGUUUCGAGUUUGUCUCUUUUGGUUGGAUUGUUGAAGCUAGUGAAGAAUGAGAGGCACCCAAAUGGGGUGAUUGCAGGACUCAGAUUGCUCAAGGCAAUUUGCUCUCAUGAGUCGUUAAGAGCUUCCAUUGUAAGCAUUGGCGCAGUUUCCCAAUUGGUGGAGCUGUUGCCUGGCUUCAAAGCCGAUUGCAUCGAAUUGGCACUUCACAUUCUCGAGGUUCUUUCUACUGUGCCAGAGGGGAGAUUAGCCCUAAAGGAAUGUGCCAAGACAAUCCCAAACAUGGUGAAAUUGUUGAUGAAGGUCUCCGAGAGUUGUACCCAAUUGGCAUUGGCGAUUUUGUGGGCAGUAUGCAAGCUAGCCCCGGAGGAAUGUGGGGCUCUUGCUGUGGAGGCAGGUUUGGCUGCCAAAUUACUUCUGGUGAUACAGAGUUGUUAUAACCCCGUGUUGAAGCAGAGAUCAGCCGAGCUUUUGAAGUUGUGUAGCUCAAAUUAUACCGCCACGAAUUUCAUCUCCAAGUGUAAGCUCACCACGACUAUACAAUGA